CGCCCCGCCGGGCCGCGCUGCAGGUGGCGGCGGGGAGGGGCGAGGCGCGGAAGCCGAGUCAUGGCCGCGCCGGAAGGGCCGCGCGGCGACCGGGCCGGCGGGGAGCUGGGCUGGGACGCGGCCGGUUUGAGCGGUGCGCGGGGAAGGCGGCGGUGGGACGGCGCGGCCGCUGCCAUGUUCCGCUGUGGCGAGGAGAUUGUAAGUAGGGAGAGUGAGGAGGAAAGUAACGGCGUCAACCUGAUGGAGUUCUCAGAUGAGAUCCUUUUGCACAUCCUCAGCUACGUCCCUUGCACAGACCUAGUCCUGAACGUCAGGAGGACCUGCAGGAAACUUGCAACACUUUGCCUUGACAAGAGUCUAACCCAUACAGUUUUACUUCAGAAGGACUAUAAGGUAAACAAAGACAAAGUGAAGCAACUGAUGAGGGAUAUUGGAAAAGAGAUUUACCAGCUGAACAUGGCUGGGUGCUAUUGGCUGCCCAGCUCCACUAUCGAUCACGUAACACGGUGCAAGAACCUGGUAAAGCUCAACUUGUCUGGGUGCCACGUCACCUCCCUCCGUCUCUCCAAGAUGCUCUCCACUCUCCAGCACCUGCGCUCCCUGGCCAUAGAUGUCAACCCGGGUUUUGAUGCCAGCCAGCUGAGCAGUGAGUGCAAGGCCACUCUGAGCCGUGUCUCGGAACUGAAGCAAACCCUUUACACGCCGUCCUACGGUGUCGUUCCCUGCUGCACUAGCCUAGAGAAACUGCUGCUUUAUUUUGAGAUCCUGGAUCGCUCACGAGAAGGUUUUAUGCUCUCUGGGCAGCUAAUGGUAGGUGAGAGCAAUGUGCCCCAUUACCAGAACCUCCGCAUCUUCUAUGCCAGGCUGGCCCCUGGCUAUGUGAACCAGGAGGUGGUGAGGCUGUACUUGGCAGUGCUGAGCGAUCGGACCCCUGAGAACCUUCACGCCUUCCUCAUUUCUGCUCCUGGUAGCUUUGCAGAGACGGGAGCCACUAAGAAUCUCCUGGACUCUAUGGCUCGAAAUGUACGUCUAGACGCUUUACAGUUGCCCAAGGCCUGGAUUAAUGGCUCUGGCCUCCUGCAACACUUGAAGUUCAACAACCCUUUCUACUUCAGCUUUAGCCGAUGCACCUUAUCUGGUGGUCACCUGAUCCAGAGGGUUAUUAAUGGUGGGAAGGAUCUUAAAAGCUUGACCAGUUUGAAUCUCAGUGGCUGUGUUCACUGUCUGGCUCCGGAGUCCUUGUUUCGAAAAGCAGAAGAUGACAUUGACAGUAGCAUUCUGGAAAGCCUGGUGGUGUCUUGCUGCAACCUGAGACACCUCAACCUCUCUGCAGCUCACCAUCACAGCUCAGAAAGCAUAGGGAAUCACUUGUGCCAGCUUCUCUCCAGGUUAAAGCACCUGCUCUCCUUAGCACUACCAGUUUGCUCCAUCACAGAUGUUGCUACAAGUGUGGAAAAGCCUCCCAUGGCAUCUAAUUUGGUGCCCCAAACGUUUGGAAGGAAAGUUCGGAUCGGGAUACAGACAUAUCCCAGGAACUUGGCAGACCAGGCAAAUCAGAAGAUAGAGUCUUCGGUGUUCUGGGCUCUGAUGGGAAGCCUCCGGUUUUUGGAAACCUUGGAAAUAAUCGGGUCCAGUUUUUCCUCUGCCAUGCCCCGCAACGAGCCAGCAAUUCGGAACUCGUUGCCUCCUUGUGUCCGGGCACAGAGUGUGGGGGAUUCAGAGGUGGCUGCCAUUAGCCAGUUGACUUACUUGCAGAGCCUCACCUUAGCACAGCUGCCAAAUAUUCUUACUGGCUCGGGGCUUGUACACAUUGGAUUGCAGUGCCAGCACUUGCGGACUCUUUCCUUGGCCAACCUGGGCAUGAUGGGGAAAAUGGUCUAUAUGUCUGCUCUCAUGGACAUGCUGAAACACUGCAAGUGUCUGAGAGAUCUCAGGCUGGAACAGCCCUACUUCUGUGCGGGCACCCAGUUCUUCCAGGCACUGAGUCACUGCUCCUCUCUCCAGCGCCUUUGCAUCGUCUCCCGGAGCGGGACUCUGCAGUCUGACGCAGUGAUGUCAUUCAUGGCCAACUGCCUUGAGGUCAUCAUGUGCCACAUGUUUAUGGGAGAAUCUCUCACCGUUUGCAAAAACCUCCAGCAAUCUAUUGUCCGGAGUUUCCAGGCGGAGCGCCCUGCGUUAAACGUCGUCAUUUUCCCUCUGCUUCAUGAGGACUUGACAGAGGUCAUCAGAGAUGUCCCCAUGCGACACUUGGAUGAAAUUACCUUGUUUAAAAGCAGAGUGGCCGAGGAACCUCCCAACUUGUGGUGGUGACUUAAAGCAUGGGAAGGACAGUCAGCGUGAACACAUGAAAUGGCUUCUUGUUGGCCUGGACUCCCCAUCUUCAGCUCCUGGCCACCUCACUGGAUGCUGUACAAUCAUUUAAAUAGGUGCAAUUGCAAAAUAAUAAUAAUAAAAAAAGCUGGUCCUUUGCAGUGGGGAAACGUGUUGAAUAUUGCUUGCAUCUGAAAAUCCUGUCUCGGAGGCUUCUGGAAUCUGAUGAGUAGUUCUGUUAUUUUACCGAAGUUAAAGGUAAGAGAAACUGACUUAAUGAUGCUCUUUCCCCUGUGUCACCUGAUGUAUCUCCUAAGGGCCCCUGUGUACUUUGGCAGUGUGCUUUGUGAUAUUGGUGGAAAUCAUUCUUUGCUUUGGUCUCUUUUUUGGCAAAGUAGAAAGCCUAAGCCAUCUGAGAGGCUCCAUUGAAGUGCAUCACAUCUUUUCCAUGUUACAAAUAUGCAUUUGUAGUCACACACGUGCAGUCACAGGUAUUUAAAAGGUUUUUUGGUUGAGAAGUACCACAAGGACUCUUUUAAAAAAAUUUUUAUUAACAAAUUAAGGUCAUUAGCACCUUGACCAUGGUAUGUUCUUGCUGAUGCUGUUCCCAUUGAUUGAUCUGGUGGAAGAAGUUCUUGGCUCUUUUGGAAAUCCUUGUCCUAGGGUAGAUGGUGCCUACAGUGAAAAAAUUAAGGCUCAAAUCUGAUUUAAAUGCAGUCUGUCUUGCAGUGUAGAUGGAAAUGUAGUGUUCCAGUUCUGUCCUUAGAUCCCAUGCCUUGAGCUCAUACUAAUUUUAGAGAUGUUAUGAUGUAUUUCCACAGUGUGAUUUCAGUCAGCUUCUCUGCUCCACAGAACUUCCUCAGGCAUCAGUAGUGGUCUGGAUCACUUUCAUAUUGCCUUAUUUACUGAGCACUUUUGAAAGCAUCAGACAGCUGUACCAAAAGCUGAGUUAAGAAUUCCUGGAGCUGUGCUUCCGGGAGGCAGACAGAUUUCCCUUCUGCUGGAGUGUUUUGGUGGUAGCACACUGGGUCUGUCUUCUGCAGAGCAGCUAUCAACAGGAGCCUCUUCUCCACCUAAACACGCUCUGAAGUGUUGAGCAGUGCUUUUCUGGAGAGGCCCAGUGUCAUCCAGGGGCCAUGUCCCCAUCUCCUAUCAGCAUUUUCUACACAAGGUGCCAUCUCCCAAGGGAGUGCUCUGCCACCAGUGGUUCAUAGGAAGCCUGGUGGGAUGGGAUAGGAUAUGAUUGAGAGCAAAAUGCACCUCAUAGCUUUGGAGGACUUACCCACCUUUGCUUUCCCAACAGUCAGGUGUGAACCUGCCUGGAAAUCUGUCUUGGUGUAACUCUUGAGCCACGCUGCAGUAACUGUGGUGCUGGGGUGUGUUAACGAGCAGGUUAAUGUUAGUUAGCCUUCUUCCAGCACAAGUCUGUGCAUUGCCCAAACCAACCCCUGCAGGCUUCUGCUGCCUGCCUGGAGUUCUCUCCCUUCUUCACUCAGGACAGGGUGCCAGCAGCAGGCCCUGCUUUGUGGCUGGUAACGAGGUGGCAAGGCCAGCCCGUGCUCCUCUGAGCUGAGAUUGCUCCUGAAGCCUCGGAGACUCUACCUCAGGUCAGACACCGUGUGGGUGGGAGCGAGGAGCCCGUGCCCUGCUCUUGGCACCCUGCCACUGUUUUCUCUCCCACUCUCCCAGUGAGGUCGUUCAUUCUACCUCUUGUCAUCUUGCUUGCCUGUUUGAAUCCCUCUCUCCCUCUCCAUCAGCUUUCUUCUCUCCCUCUCCCUCCCUUCAGCAAGUCAGAUGUACUUUCUGGCAGGAACACGAGCCGCUGCUCUGUCAGUUCAGGCCAUUUCAGCUCUGCCUAGUUUUUGUCUGGGUUUCUUUCCUGGAAUAAAUAGCAAGGCUUAGGCAGGGAGUGUUUGCAAAGCUGCUUCCUCCUCCUCCUGCCUCUGGCCCCAGGGCAGGGCAGAGGGAAGGCUGAGGGUAUGGAACCAGCUCUCCCAUGCUUUAGGGGACCUGUUUUGUCUUGUGGAGGAGGUAGGUGCUACAGGAGAGAGGCCAUUCCUACUCUCAGCAGGGAUUUCCUCUCCAUACACACACUGUGGCACCAGCGAGAGUCUGGCAGAACUGCCAGCUCGCCUGUUCCUGUCCCGCUGGAAAACCUGGCUGGGGGGGCAGUGAUACACAGGAAUCACCUGUUGCUUAAUGGUGGUGUUACCCCUUAGUCUUGGGGUUAGAGUAACGUGAUGAAACAUGCUGUACCUUUUGCUUGGCAAAGCAGUACCCAUCUGCCUGGUGUCUUGCUCGCUGGGGGCGGGCAAUCAGGCAUGUUUUAUAACGCCAUUAUUCUGUUGCCUGGAGUAUGAUGUUUAGACAUCUGUAUUCACACUAGUCCUGAGGUGAACACUGCCAGUUUUAAUCUGGGGUAGGAAAGGUCACCCACAGGUAAUAAAGAUAGCACUACAAAUAGUGAUAAAGAGCUAAAAACUCCUUCUACCCUCGACUCCCCAACUCCAGGCCAGUUCUCAGUAUCUUCACUACAAAUCCUCUUAUGGUGAGUGAGAAUUUCCGCUGCUUCUGCACUCCAGGCAGGAUUCACCAGAUGUUAAUAAUGUGCUUAUUUUCUCUAAGUGCUAUUUUGGCAUCGGUGUUAAUUACAAUUUAUAUUCUGCAACAUUUACACUGGGAAAAGAACCCACCCUAAUAGUCCCCAAUUGGCAGAGCUGGGCUAUUAAACAUAGCACCAUAUGUUCUGAGCAGAGCAAUGUAUGGGACUCGGAGCCCGCUCAGUGCUGAGACUCUGGCUUGCAGUGCUAGAGGAGGAGAGGAGAAUGGAGAGAUGGGUGUUUUGUUCCUACCUUUUAUUUAAUAUGAAAUUCCCCCUCCUUUUCCCUGAUCUCUGUCCCCGUCUCUCCCAAAAUCUCCCUCCUGCUGUCUGUGAGCAUCUAAUGAGGUGAUCUCUGAGCCUGCUGAUGCCACUGUCCGUAGUGUAAAAUAAAUGAAUUUAAUUACAGAAGGUGCCCUUCUCUCUGGGGCUGCCUCUGCAGGAUUCCCUGUCCCUGCUGGCACAUUUCUUGCUGUGCUCCAAAUCAGGCCUCCAGUCUUUGGAGACUGCAGAAGAAAUCUUUGCUUUGACCGCCAGCAAGAUGUCCAUGCUUCUUUGGGAAAAGGAUAUUCUGGGAUAGGUGCCGUUAGUGGGUCAAAUCAGAAGUUGUUUGCUGCUCUGUCAGUGUCCCAGGUCUUGUUUAGGAAUGUGACAUUUGAUUCCUGCAGACUGGGAGGGUCUGGAGGAGUGACAAUGGUUUUGGUGUGGGGAAUCUAGUGGAGUUAAGUGGUCAGUGUUUCGGUUGGUUUCUUAGAAGGACUGUGUGCAAAGGGUUGCUUCCUCAGCUGUUCUGCAAAGCUGCUUUCAUGGUCACUUCAGAAAAUGGCAGCAUAGCUGCUACUGCUCCAUUUGGAGAGGGGCUGACAGCAAGGGGCUCUCCCUUCAGGACAGCUUGGACUGCAGUGGCUUGUCCCUCCGGGAGGUGGUUCAGCAGGAGGAGAGGAGAUGGAGUGAAAGGAGGCAGGGCAAAAGUGCGAGGUAGACCUCAGACUGGAAGUCAGACACUUGCUGUGAGACUGGGCCUCAGUUUCCCCACUUGUGAAGGGAACAGGGCUCACCUGCCCCAUGCAAGGGAGUUUGUGGGAGUGCAAAACCCCCUCCCCCUGGCCCAGGCAAGGAGGUUCUCCCUUGGGAGGAGAGGGCAGGGCUGAGAUUGCUGAUGCUCACUCUAACUCCCAUGUCCGCCUCCUCUGCCAAAGCAUGGGGAACUCCUGGGGGAGCAGAGCAGGAUCUGUCCCUUCUCCUUGCUGAUCUUCAGAGGAGUUAAAGUCCCAGGGUGACAUACAGGAGUGGGAUGGUACCUCAUCCUGGGUCCUUUCUCCCAGUUUUCAGGAUGGAGUAGCUCUCCACGGCCACAGAAACAUGGGGCAUUUCCGUUUGUAGAGUUAAUGGUGCAGAAAGGUUGUUUCUUUUGCAUGAGGGACAUGCAGCUCCCCCUUGGCUGGUCUGAAUGGAGAGUGUCCAGCCAAAGCUCCUCUCCCUGUCCUGCAGAAGACUGUGCAGGAGCCAGGCUGGGCAUUGGAGAGGCAGCAAUGCUCCCUCCACUGCAGCCCUCCUGCCUCUGAUGAGAUGCGCAGGCAGCCGGGGUACUCUAGCCAGAGAAUCAUUUCCAUAGAAACCAAUUGGGAUGUUGUACAGGGAAUAAUGAUUAAUAGUGAAGGGAUGUUGCCUCAGGCCCUUUUCAUUUUUUAGGGGGCAGCGAGGGACAAACUGGAGCACAGGUGGGGGGACAGGCAGGCUUGAAAACUAAUGGAAACCAUCCCUGCCAUUAAUUUCCAGGGCAGUUUCCCCUCUUCUCCUCCUCCCCUGCCCCCCUCUGCUGCUUCCCAGCUUUCGUCAAAUUUUCAAAAUGGCUAACCUGGUUAGAAAUAAUCAUAAUAAUAAAAAAGGAUGGAUGAGGUCUGACUACUAACAUUGUUGCUGUUAGCAGCAGGAUUUCAGCCAUAAAACAUGAAGCAGGGGAGGCAUUGACCUUUCCACUGUUCGAAAUGAAUGGAGACAUCAAUAUCUAUUGUUUUGUGGCAUUGACCUCUGACGCUCUCAUUUUGCCCUCCCCUUUCUUUUUUUUUAAUUUCCCCCUGACACUUGAGGAAAGGGGUCAGUUUGUACCAUCUAUUGAUCCCGAUCUUACUUGGUGAUAGGGAAAUAAUUAGAAUUUUAAAGAUCUCUGCUGCACGCUGGCAAAAUACGUACACAGGAGCACACACUAAGCCCCUGCUUCUGCCUCCCGUUCUCCCCCCUUCCUUGCAGAGAUUCAAAGCUCUGAGAUCUGAAGGAAGACAGAUCAAUGUAGGUUUAAUCAUGAUGGGGAUUUUAUUUCAGAUUUUUAAAUGGUAAAGUGUAACGUUUUAUGUUAAUGUUGUUGGAGUCUGGCUGCCUGGUGCCUUGUUUUAUUUAUUGUUUUAAGUAGCCCCUUCUUUUGUGAACUUCAUCUAUGUACAGAGACUGUGAAAUCAGGCAUUGCUAAUUAGCUAUAUGACAAUUAAGUAAUGUAGCACAAAACCAUUAGGACACUGGAUUUGUUUUUGAAGUUGGUCCUUUGAAGUGGAAGCUGCAACUCCCUGCCCAAGGCUGCUGGGGAAAAUGUUUUUCUAUCAAAACUUUCUUUGAAAAUAAAAUGUCAGUGUAAAAGUCCCUAUUUCUGUUGUCUCUCCCUAUAAACAGCGGGUGGAAAUUGUUUCUCAUUGUAAAAACUGCUGGCAUUGAUAGAAGGGGGAGUUCAGAAAAGCAGGAGAUGGGCAGUUGGUCUCCAAACCCCCUCGGUUCUGGUAGAGAUGUUACCAAAGCUGCUUGUUCAGCUUGUUGAAAGAGAACGGUGCUGCCUUGGGAGAGAAGACCCAGGUCACAACCAACACCCUGGAGAUGGCAAAGGGAGGUGGCCCUCAAAACUGUGGGUUCACCUCUGAUGCCCCAAGUGCCAUCAGGAUGUGGCACAGCCUGGUUGCAAAUACCAACAGGCUCCUCGGUUCGGGCUCCUCCAUCUCUGCACUCGUUUGACACUCGUGUUUGCCUCAGGCCCUUUGUUCUAGUAGUGAGUCGAGUUCUGAAUGUGCAACUUUCCUGUACGCUGGUGGCAUGUAAAACUUCAAAUAAAGAGUGAAACUGAUUUUGAACCAGG